CAAGAUGGAGCCAGCGGCACCGCAAAAGCCCGAGGCCAAGAAGUGCAGAGCCUGUGAACAAAGAAAAUGUGUGAAAACGACAAGUGCAAGCCUUGAGGAGUCCAUGGGAACUGUGCAGGUGGGGCUGGUGAAAAUGAUCAGGGGGUUGCAGAGCAAAGUCGUGCCACCCAUGAACCCGAAGUUGGUCACAGAGGAAAAAGUGAACCAGAUGCUGACACCCUCAGAGUUCCUCAAGGAGAUGUCCCUUACCACGGAGCAAAAAUUGGCAAAUACACGAUUUAUAUGCCGGCCGCAGAUCAUUGAGCUCUUAGACAUGGGAGAAACAACACAUCAAAAGUACUCUGGAGUUGACUUGGAUCAGGCCUUAUUCCAGCCCUUCCCGUCAGAAAUCAUAUUCCAGAACUAUGCUCCCUGUGAAGUCUAUGAAGUGCCAUUGGCCUUAAGGAACAACGACAAAAUUCCAAGGAUGGUAAAAGUUGUUGAAGAAAGUUCACCUUACUUUAAAGUCAUCAGCCCCAAAGACAUUGGGCAUAAGGUUGCCCCAGGAGUGCCAACUGUAUUCCGCGUCCUCUUCAUUCCAGAGGAGAACAAGGAUUACGCCCACAUGUUGACCUGUAUCACCGAGAGAGAAAAGUUUGUUGUGCCCAUCAAAGCUAGAGGAGCUCGAGCCAUCCUGGACUUCCCUGAUGAGCUGAAUUUUUCCACUUGCCCUGUGAAAUACAUCACUCAGAAGAUUCUGCUGGUCCGAAACAUUGGCAACAAAGACUCCGUGUUCCGCCUCAAAACUCAAAGGCCUUUCUCAAUAGAGCCAACGGUCGCCAUUCUCAACGUGGGCGAGUCCAUGCAGCUGGAAGUUGACUAUGAGCCUCAGACGGUGGGCGAUCACAGCGAAAAGCUCAUUGUGGAUUACGAUACAGGUGAAACAGUAUUUGUGCGUCUCUAUGGAACGGCCAUAGAUGUGAAUAUAAGACUGGACAAGAAUUCUCUGACCAUCGAGAAAACCUACAUAUCCCUGGUCAAUCAGCGGACAGUAACCAUUCACAAUCGCUCUAAUAUCAUUGCCCAUUACCAGUGGAAAAUAUUUGCUACCCCAGAAGAUGAGGACAAAGAAAAACUUAGGGUCUGUGAUGAUCUGGACGAGGAGGAAAGGACUGAAACCAACGAGUUUCUUGAAGAUUGCAUCUUGGAUGAGUCACUCCGAGAACACAUUUCCGUACUCUCCCGCACCUUUGAGAACCAGAGGAAUCAGGUUCUCGGAGACAGCAUGAUGUUUCUGAAUCACAUUUUCAUGAUCGAGCCCCUGGAAGGCGAUGUCUGGCCCAACUCCUCAGCUGUAAUUACUGUGUACUUUAACCCCCUGGAGGCCAAGCUCUAUCAGCAGACAGUCUACUGUGACAUUUCAGGCCGAGAGAUCCGCUUGCCCCUCCGAAUCAGAGGAGAAGGAAUGGGGCCCAAGAUUGUCUUCAACUUCGAAUUACUGGACAUUGGCAAAGUUUUCAUUGGAUCUGCCCACUGUUACGAGGCGAUCCUGACCAAUAAAGGCAGCAUCGAUGCCCUCUUCCACGUGAUCCCUCCAGUUUCAGCCAUGGGGGCCUGCUUUGUCUUCAAUCCGAAAGAAGGCAUCAUUGAACCCGAUGGGGUCCAAACUGUCCAGAUCUUUUUCAGUUCUACCCUCCUGGGGCACUUAGAAGAAGAGUUCCUGAUCGAUGUAAACGGCUCCCCCCAGCCCGUGAAACUGACCAUCAGAGGCUGUGUCAUUGGACCGACAUUCCAUUUUAAUGUCCCCGCUCUGCACUUUGGUGAUGUUUCCUAUGGAUUUCCCCACACUUUGAUGUGUUCCCUCAAUAACACAUCUUUGGUCCCCAUGACCUUCAAUCUGCGUGUCCGUGGGGAUGGCGAAGGCUUGCAAAGCAUCCCAAGUUACCCUCAGGAGUCAGACAGCAAAAAAUGGCCUUGGGUUAAUAAAGAGACACCCACAAUAAAACCAAAAGAGUUCACCAUCACUCCCAGCAGUGGCACCAUCCGUGCCCAGGGCUUUGCUGCCAUCAAGGUGACCCUGUGCUCCAACACUGUGCAGAAGUAUGAACUGGCGCUUGUGGUGGAUGUGGAGGGCGUUGGAGAAGAAGUGCUGGCACUCUUGAUCACCGCCAGGUGUGUCGUGCCUACCCUCCAGCUGGUUACCGAAGAGAUGAACUUUGGCCGCUGCUUCCUGAAGUACCCGUAUGAGAAGCACAUCCAGCUCAUCAAUCAUGAUGACCUUCCUGGAUGCUAUAAGGUCCUGCCUCAGCUCUGUGAGGGUCCGCCCACUGUCCUGCUCUCCAGCCCCUGCCCCUGUGGGAUCAUCUCCCCCCACAGCACCGUGAACAUUCCACUGGCCUUGGAGACCCAGGUCACUGGUGAACACAGAUCCAUAGUUUACAUCUCGAUCUUCGGGAGCCCAGAAUCCCCUCUGAUAUGCCAUAUAAAGAGUAUUGGAGAAGGUCCAGUUGUCUUCAUACAUCCCACUCAAAUCGAUUUUGGCAAUAUCUACGUGCUGAAGGACACUUCCAGAAUUCUCCAGCUAUCUAACCAGUCCUUCAUCCCUGCGUUUUUUCGGGCUUACAUGGCAAAAAAAAAAUCCCUUUGGACGGUUAAACCCAGCGAGGGCAUAAUUCCUGCAGAAGACGACACUCCACUGACCCUCACUGCCAACCUGGAUGACAUAGUGACAUUCAAAGACACAGUCAUUCUGGAGGUUGAGCACAGCAACACCUACCGGAUCCCCGUCCAGGCCACCGGGAUUGGCUCUACCAUUGUUUCAGACAAGCCCUUUGCUCCAGAACUCAACUUGGGAGCACAUUUUAGCAUGGAUACACACUGUUACCACUUCAAGCUGACUAACAAAGGACGGAGGGUCCAGCAGCUGUUCUGGAUGAAUGAUGAUUUCCGCCCCAAGGAUAAGCAAAGUAAGAAGGAGCCAAAGAAGAAGGGACUUGCUGGUUGCCGUCGCCAGUCCCAGGCUCCCCAGGCCCAGGCAGACUCAGAGAACCCCGUGUUUCAACUUUACCCUGUCAGGAUGGAGCUGUACCCGGGGCAGACGAUUAAUGUGCUACUUGAAGGCUACUCCGCCACUCCCAGGAGAGUCAAAGAAACGCUGGUGUGCCACGCCAUUGUCGGGGCCCGGAAGGGAAAAAGCUUGCUGAUGUCUGUGAACAUUAUCUGCGAGUUUAUAGCACCAUUUAUCCAGCUCUCCACCAAGCAGCUUGUAUACCGACUGGAAAAGAAGCCUAACAGCAUCCUGGAGGCUGAUUACCGGCCUUUGGCCAUAAAGAACAUCUCAACCCUGCCUGUGAACAUACUGCUCUCCACAACCGUCCCCUUCUUCAUCUGUGAGACUGACAAAUCCCCGCUGCCUGCAACUCCUAAGCCUAUUAAGCUGGAGGUUCAUGAAGAGAAGAACCUACUGGUCAAGUUUGACCCCUCCUACAAGAAUGACCUAAACAACUGGGUGGCGGAGGAAGCUCUGUCAGUCAAGUAUGUGGAACACCCUCAGGAGGACAGCCUGAAGCUGCGUGGAGAGGUGCAUUACCCCAACCUCAGCUUCGAGAUGAUGGAGGUGAAUUUCGGCUGCAUCCUGAAUGACACCGAAGUCAUCCGCUACAUCAUGAUCACCAACUGCAGCCCCCUGAUUGUGAAAUUCCGCUGGUUCUUUCUGGUGGACAACGAUGAAAAUCAGAUAAGGUUUACGCCAUGUGCCAAGCCCUACAGUGCCCUCGUGUCCCAGAUGGAGUCCAUCCCCGCCACCUCAGUGACCACCAGCUCACCAGCAGUCCCGCCCAUGGUGGAGUCUACCGAGAUGGACUACAGCGAUUCCAUCAAGACUAUCCUUAUGGAUGACGAGGCUGGACCUGAAGAAAGAGAAAGCAAAAAACCCACAGAAUCCACCGAGUUCUCAGAAGCAAUGAAAUACAGCUCUGUAGGAACAGACAGAAGCCAGAGCCAGGUAGACUACCCAGAAUCCCUGUGGAUCUUUGAACAGGAGGAGAUGCUUUCCAUUGGGAUAGAGGAAGUGUUUGACAUUUUGCCCCUCUAUGGAGUUCUGCAGCCGUACAGCAGCCAUCAGAUCUCCUUUACCUUCUACGGACACUGUGACAUCACGGCGCGGGCCAAAGCUCUGUGCGAAGUGGAGGGAGGGCCUACGUAUGAAAUCAUACUGAAGGGAGAGGCUUCCCUGGUCAGCUACUCCUUUGACACGACUAACAUUAACUAUGGAUUACAGCUGUUUGACCACGUCACGGAACGUGAAAUCACACUGAAAAACAUUGGGAAAGUUGGCUUUGAGUUCAAGGUUCUGACUAGCUACCAGUCUUCGCCGAAGAACCUUCUCCCUGGAGUACCACUCAUCCUGCCCCAGUCGGGGUUUAUCCACUCAAAUAAGGAACAGGUGUUGAAAGUCUACUACUUGCCUGGAAUACCUGAGGUCUUUCAAAGAAGCUUCCAGAUACAGAUUGCCCACCUGGACCCAGAGAAAAUCACUCUGUAUGGAGAGGGUGUUUUUCCUCGGAUCAGCCUUGACCUGCACAGGAACCUCAAAGGGAAUGAAAAGUAUGAACGCUUCUUAGAGCAAGCAAAGAAAAUCACGGCAAAAGAAUAUGAGAGUAUUGAUCACUGUGAGUUCCUAAAUGAGGAAGUCACUGAGGAGGAGACAGCGGAGAUAAGUGCUCACCUCCAGAUGGAGGUGGAGCGACUGAUAGUCCAAGACUAUGCCCUGGAGCACCAGAAAACCAUUUCCUCCAGUACCGCAGAGGAAAGCUGCUUCAGCCAUCGGAAUCGCCGCAAGCUAGCCAAAAUCCAGCUACCAGAAUACAUCCUGAACUUUGGCUACAUCGUGCUUGGUGACGUCCGUUCCCACAUCAUCAGGAUCACCAACACCAGUCACUUUUCAGUGUCCUUCCAUGCAGAAAAGCAUGUCCUUCAUGAUACAGGCUUCAGCACCGAGCUAGACCGGGUAAAGAAUCUACCUUACUGUGAGACAGAGACAUUUGAAGUGAGAUUUGACCCACAAGGGGCUAAUCUUCCUGUGGGCACCAAAGAAGUCAUUCUGCCCAUCAAGGUUUUUGGAGGGCCAACCAUUCACCUCCUGCUCCAAGCCACCGUGACCAUUCCAAGUAUGACCCUGUCUUGCAACAAAGUAGAAUUUGCUACAACUCAGUGCGGACAGUGCAUGGUGGAAACCAUUCAGCUUUCCAACCAUCUCCAAGUCCCUUGUGAAUGGUUUGUCUGCCUACCACAGCCUACUAACAAGAUGGACAAACACAUGCCAAAGUAUUUAAAACGAAAACUACGCGCUGAGAUGGUUCCAAAGUCCCGGAUCUUUGAGAUCCAGCCCGUCUCUGGGGUCUUGGAUGCCGGCGAGAAGGCCAACGUGCAGGUGAAAUUCAUGCCUAAAGAAGAGAAAUUCUACAACCAAUCCCUGGUGUUCCAGAUUAGCCAGAGCCCUCAGAAGCUCAUUCUUCUGGCACAUGGCCAAGGUCUGGAGCCGCGCCUGGAAUUCAGUCCUUCAGUCCUGGAACUCGGGCCCCUCCUGCCUUACGCAUCAGGAGACGAGGCCGAGGUGAUUGUGAGGAACCCCUGCAUCUUCCCCAUUGAGUUUUACUCCCUAGAAUUUGACCAGCAGUAUCUCUUAGAAGAAAAGAUGUUGAGACAGCUGAAGGGCUAUGACUCCUACAACACCCUGCUGCUGCCUACCCGGAACCCGGGGGAGAAGCUGCCCCAGGAAGUCUAUGACUACUUCAAGGAGAUGAAGAAAUCUAAAGAAGAACAACUGAAGGCGAAGUAUCUGGAGUCCCUAUCGCAGGAGAUCGAAGAGGAAGACAUCACCACAUCAGACCAAGGGACCUCCGCCAGCACCAAGAGGACAUCGCUGAGCCGAGGGAUCUCUGUCACAUCCAACCUGGAAGAGCGCCAUGUUCUGGUUGAACCCAAAAGCUACCAAGAUGAGGAUGAAGAUGAAGAAAGCCUGGAAAAACUACUCUUUCAAACUGACAAGCUCCAGAGCACAGACAGCCACUCCGGAGAGGAGGUUGGAGAGGUGGAAAGCAACCCAGUGAGCAAGGCAAUUGCGCGCCACCUGGGCAUCGACAUUACUGCAGAAGGCCGCCUGGCCAAGAACCGAAAGGGCAUCGCCAUUAUCAUCCACGGGACACCCGUGUCCGGAAAGACAGCCAAUGCCAUCAGCAUAGCCAAAUAUUACAGUGCAGCCUGCCUGAACAUUGACUCCGUUGUCUUAGAAGCCAUGUCUGACAGCAACAACAUUCCAGGGAUUCGGGCCCGGGAGCUGUGCAUCAGAGCUGCCAUAGAGCAGUCCAUGAAGGAAGCAGACGAGUCAGCUCAGGAGUCUUCAACAACCCAAAAUAUUGUGAUACCAGUACGGCUGAGCACGGAGAACUUGGGCAGGUAUACCUCAGACCUUACCCUAACGAACCAGGAUUCCAAACCCUCUAAGAGUAUGCGUGGAAGCGUGUUGCUGACCAAAGGCAAGGCGGACAGCCACUUCUCUGGGUCUCAGAAGCAGCAUCACCAGCACCCAUCUGAGACACAACAGGUUUCCUCCAGUCCUCUCACAGCGCCCGCCCAGCGGCGGCUCAGUGUCAGCGCCAGUGUCGCCGGUGAGACGGGGCUGUUGAGCUGCAUGCUCCCGGAAGACCUUCUCAUUCAGAUCCUGGCUGAGCGGAUACAGAUGAGCGACUGCUUCAGAGGUGUGGUGUUUGAUAGCCUGGAAACACUCUUUUCACGGAAUUUGACCUCUACCCUCCUCUGCCUGCUGAAGGCCAUCGGCAGCCGGGAACACAUAUAUGUCCUCAACAUGGCUCAGGAUUAUAUGGCCAUGAAAGCCCAGGAGAAAAUCAAAAAGGAGCAAGAAGAGCUCAAACGCAGGGAGGCUAUGAUGAAGGAGAAGGAGCGUCUCCGAUCAUUAGAUGAGGAAGAAUAUGAUGCCCUAACACCAGAAGAGAAACUCGCAUUUGACCGUGAGGUUCGGCUGGCACUCCGGGAGAGAAAGAAGAGGGAGCUGGAAAGGUUGGCCAGGGAGAUGCAUGAGAAGAAGCUGCAGCAGGAGCUGGAAAGGCAAAAGGAGGAGGAUGAGCUGAAACGGAAGAUCAAAAAGCCUAAACAGGGCCCGGUGAAGGAGGAGCCGUCCCAAAAGAAAGCACAAAUAGCCACAAACAAGCAGGUUCCCACGGGUGCUAAGUUAGACUUGAAGGUGGACUCGAUAGAAAGAAAAGUUUCCAUCAGAGAUCAGCCAACCCUUGACGAAAUCACCAAGAAAAAGAAAACCACCGACCAACCGCUUGGAUUUCCUGUUACCCAGGACCAAGAUGAUAGUGAAGGAGACCUGAAGGAUGCUGACAAAAUAAUGGCACAAAGGUUUAAAGUCUAUGACCAGAGUCUGAAGGACAUCCAAAACAUCCUCACAUAUUGGGACCGCAAGCAAGGGAUCCAGAUGCCCCACACCGGCAUGGAAGAUUUAGCCCAUGAGCCUGAUGACCAGCGCCAGGCUCCCUCCGGAGGCGGCGGAGGAGGAGGUGGUGGGCGCAGGGGCCGCAAGGACAGGGAGAGGGAGCGCUUGGAGAAGGAGAGGGCCGAGAAGGAGCGCCUGGAAAGGGAGAAGGCUGAGAGGGAGCGCCUGGAGAAGCUGCGGGCCAUGGAGGAGCGGAGUGACCUGGAAGUAGAGGGGGAAGAGGAGCAGCAUGAGGGGAAGAAGGAUCUGGGGGUGCCCUUUAUCAGCAUCCAGACUCCAGACUUUGAAGGCGUAAGCUGGAAGCAGGCCCUGGAGAGUGACAGGCUUCCCAAAGAAGAGCAGAUCCUGGACAUGCUAGGCCUGGGGUCCUCUGGACCACCCAUUCCAGCUCCUGCCUUGUUCUCCAUCAUCUCUUACCCACUGAAGAGGCAGUCUUUCAUCGCCAAUGAGGUCCUGAAGCACUUUGUGUUUGUGAUCCCAAGUGAUGAACUCGCUCUGUUGGACGAGAAAAAAGAAUUGGAUGGAGACUCAGAUAUCUUCCUCAAUGCCAUGAUAGCCAAGGCCCAAGAGGAACAGGCCUCUUCGUCUAGGGGGGCCAGGCUGAGAACGAGAGAAAAAGCCGAACAACUUCGUGAAAGUCAGAGGGAAAAACGCCGUGCAAACUACACCAGGAAAGGCCUCACCGGAGGGCCAUCAGGUACCACGGUUACAAUGUCUGACAUGGAUCAGAACAACUUCGACGGAGAACACACCCCGGAGAAGUUCAUCAGGCUGAACCACUUCCGGUGGAUCGUGCCUCCCAAUGGAGAGGUGACCUUGAGAGUGCACUUCUCCUCUACUGACGUGGGCAACUACGACCAAACGUUUAAUUUCGAGCUCCUCGGGACCCACCGCCAGUACCAGCUCUACUGCCGAGGAGUCUGCACCUACCCGCACAUCUGCAAAGACCCGAGAGUGGUGUUCCCUCAGAGGAAGAAAGAUAAGAAAGUAAACGAAGUCAUCUUCAAGAAGUACGUGAUGAGCACGGAGAAGUUUUACUUUGGGCCUCUGCUCUGUGGAAAGUCAAGGGACAAGUAUAAGUCAGCCUUGUUCCUUGGCAACAUGGAGUCACUGACGAUCCUGAACGAUUCUCCAAUGAUGGUAGAGGCAUACUUCUGUUUUCAGCAUGAUGUCAAAGCAAACACCUACUUUCUAGAGCCUUCCAACAUGACUCUGAAGCCCAACGAAAAGCAGAUAGUGAAUAUAUGGGCCUACCCUACUGCGGUCGGUGUCUGUGAAGACAGCCUUGUCUGCUGUAUCAAGGAGAACCCAGAGCCAGCCAUCUUUAGGCUACACUGCCAAGGAAUUCGCCCAGAAAUUGAGCUGGAGCCAAGGCAAUUACAUUUUGACAGGCUCUUGCUUCAUAGGAGAGAGACCAAGGCUGUGAUUCUCCGCAAUGUCACACCCCUCGCUGUGGCCUGGCGGAUCUCCAGCCUGGAGCAUCUAGGCGAGGACUUCACUGUGUCCAUGCUGCAGGGCAUCAUCCCAGCCAAGGGGGAGUUUGGGCUGCAGGUGCACUUCCAGCCCACCAAACCUAUCAACAUCAAGAAGGCCAUUCGGAUCGAGGUCUUAGAUGCAGAGAAUCUUGUUGGUGUUGUUCAGCUCGAAAACAUCUUGCUCUUUGCAGAAUCAUAUGAUAUUGCUUUGGACAUCACCUUCCCCAAAGGAGCUGAAGGAAGUCUGGACUUUGGGACUGUGAAGGUCAUGGAUGAGAUGAAGCAGCUCCUUCAGCUGAAGAACCGCGGGAAGUAUGAGAUCAUGUACAGCUUCUCUGUGGACAACUUAGGGUUUUUGCCAUCAAAUUUAAGUUCGAUGCUCUCCAUCAUACCCGUAAAAGGGACACUGACCUCAUCAGAUAAGCCCUUAACUGUUCAGAUAUACUUCCGGGCAAAAAAAGAGGUGAAGAUUGAGCUCCAACCCAUUCUGCGCUGCCAGAUUAUUGAGCCCAAUGUCCCAGAUGGUGAGAUCAUUGCCAGCAUCCCAAUUAAGUUUUCUGUGAAUGCAGUGUACUCCAAAUUCACCAUCAGCCCCUCCUCUAUCAUCAACUUUGGGGCCUUGAUCUGCGGUACCAGGAAGAACACCACCUUCACCAUAGAAAACCAAGGCAUUACCGACUUCAAAUAUGCCCUCUACAGGCUGACAGGGGAGAGUCCAAUUCAUCAAAAGAAGCCGACCAGUCACACAAGGCACGGAAGAACCCGAGAGAGUGACAGCUUCUACAAGCCUGGACCUGCCAAACCUGCCAAGUUCUCAGAAACAAUCCAGAAAGACAUGAACAUGACAAACCAGGCCCGCUUCUCCCACGGCAUGUUCACUGUAUACCCGGGAUAUGGCUCCAUCCCUUCCGGAGGACAGCAAAUCAUCACCGUUGAGUGUGUGGCUGACCCUGUGGGAAAGUGUGAAGAGUUUCUGGCCAUCGAUAUCUCCGACCGAGACCCUAGAGAAAGCCCUGCUGGCAUUCCAUACACUCUGCUUGCUGAGGCAUGUCUACCAGCCUUUGUGACCGACAACAAUGCCUUGAUCUUUGAGGAACACCAGAUCUGCACUAGCCCCAACCUGUACCACAUCCAACAGACCAUACAGAGUGGGGGGCUGUUUGUGGAGGAUGAAAAUAAGUUCAUCUUCUGCAACGUCCUGGUGGGUCACCAGGCCAAGGCUCGGUUCAAGAUCAGCAACGUGGGAAAGAUUGCCUGUGAUAUCAACAUUUUUGUCAAGCCCAUCUCCAACAAGGCCAUCAACCGCAUCACCGACAUCUUUGACGUGGAGCCCAACAAGAUGUGUAUCGGGAGUCGCUCCCACGCCUUCGCCACGGUGCUGUUCAUGCCACAGGCCAUGCAGACCUACCAGUGCAUCUUCGAGGCUACCUUGGAGGGCUUGCCCAGCACCCUGGCCAGGAGCCGAGGCCUCGUGUUUGACAUCAUUGGUGAGGGGACCCUCCCUCGAGUGACCGUCAUUCGACCAACUCUGUAUAACCAACACGGGAACCCCCUGCUCCUGUUUAAGAGGCUGCUCCUUGGUCAUUCAGAGAAACUGCCUCUCAUCCUCAAGAACAAUGGCACCAUCCCUGCCCAGCUGCACGUGGACCUGCGCGACCAACUAGGAGUCUUCUCUCUGAAAGGGAGGCCCACCACCUCCUACAUCUACAUCAUGGAGGAAAACAAACCGAAUGAAAAAGCCAAAAAGGCCCACACGGCCUCCCUGGUUGUUUCUCCUGGAGACUCCGCUGAAUUUGAUGUGUUUUUCCAUGCCAAUAAGAUUGGGAGAAUGACAGGCACCGUACACUUGUCAGUGAUCAACAACCAGUAUGAGGAGACCAAGAUCCACCUAAUAGGAGAAAGCUACGAGGAUGAUAUCACCUUGGACAACAUCCAUGGGCUGAUAGGUUCCACCAUGCCAGAGAACUCGGAUAUGUCCGAGGUCAUUGAGAUCGCUGAGGAAACUGCCAUGGAGGACUUGGUGGCAGCUGCCCUGUUGGACCACAUCCAGUUUGGGCACUGCCACAUUGGAAACAACUACAACGUGAGCUUCACCAUCACCAAUCACAGCCAAGCGAAUGUGAUCCGGUUCGAGUGGCCCUUUUUAAACGCACUGACUUUCUCCCCACAGAUAGGGCAUCUCCACCCCGGCUGCUCCAAGGAUGUGGUGGUGACCCUGAAGUCGGAAGUGCCCAUCAACCUGAAGAAGGUGGCUGUCAAGUGCAAGAUUUCUAAGAUCAUGUUUCAGCUCCCUGCAGACCAGGUCCCUGACUGGGAUGACCGCAUGCGCACAGUCAAGUGGGUGGAUGCUCCCCGAAACACGCCGAGCACCUUGACUCUAAAGCGAAAAGUGAUAGAGACAGACCCUGAGCCAGCCCACUCAGUAAUAGAAGAAAAUUACCGAGAGCUGCGGAUUCAGAUCAGUGCCAACGUGGAUUUCGCUUCAUAUCAAUGUGAAACAAAUGACGUGUUCUUUAAGGAGACACUGGUUUACCAGACCCGAGUGUUUGAGUUUGACCUCGUCAACACAGGACAGGUGCUGUUAGAAUUCAGCUGGACCUGUGAAGACAUCUCCAAGGCAGUCACUUUUGCCAUGCCAGAAAAUCAAGGUUCCAAUCAAAAAGACCAGCUGAGUCAGGGUACGGGCAGUACCCUGGACAGCGCCUUGGACCACUGGCCAGAAAACUCACCCUUCUCGGUGGAGCCCUCCUCAGGCGCCGUGCCUGUAGGGAAGACUCAAAAGCUCAAAAUAAAGUUCUCCCCGUUGGACGUUGCAGAGUUUGAGAGCACCCUGUACUGCCAAAUUCCCAACCUGCCAGCUGGAGAGCAAGGCCCUAUUUUGCAAACAAAAGGACGAAGCGUCCUUCCAGUCUGCCAUUUUGACCUGAAGGAGUCAGACUACAUCAGCGGCCAUCGGCGCAACCCAGAGCUCCGAGGACCAGGAGCUGGGCCUAUUGAUCCAAAUACCCGAGUGAUCGAGUUCAUCAGUGUGGGAAUAGGAGGAAAGAAUCUCCGGACCUUUACAAUUCUGAACCCGACUAACAGCACCUACUCUUUCUGCUGGACCUCUGAAGAAACAGAAAGCCUCCAGCACCCUCCAGCCUUUGUGUGUCUUACAGAGAAGGGUGUCAUCCACCCUGAGAAGAAAGCUGAGAUCAUGUUCCAGUUUGUGCCCGUUCACCUGGACAUCACAGAAGCAUUCUGGACAUUCUCCAUCCCAGAGCACAAUAUCUCAGUCCCCUUCCUGCUGGUGGGCAAAACCACAGACCCGCUCAUCUCUCUUGACAAGUCGCACCUCAACUUCAGCUCUCUCCUCAUCGGCAGAGAAGCCAGAGAGACAGUGCAGAUCAUCAACAAGGAGGAGCAUGGGUUCAAUUUUGCCUUCCAGGACAACUCCCGCUAUUCCGAAGGGUUCAGCAACAACCUGGUUGUAUGUCCCAUGGAAGGCUGGAUCCCUCCACUGACGAGGUUCCCAGUUGAUAUUUUCUUCACACCGAAGCAAGAAGGAGAUGUGAACUUUAACUUGAUCUGUAAUAUAAAAAAGAAAGCCCAGCCUCUAACCCUCAAUGUCAAGGCCGAAGGCUACACUAUGAAUGCUGAGGUCAAGUGCAGGGACAGGACAGGCUCCACCAUCCUCUUGACAUCCAACGAGAUCAACACCAUCAACUUCUAUGAUGUACAGUUAAAUGAAUGUGUUCUGUGUGAAUUCAGCUUCAUCAACACUGGCAAGUUCAACUUCAGCUACCAGGCAGAGCUCUCUGGGCCCAAAUCCCUAUUGCAGUACUUGGACUUUACACCCACCGACAACAGUGUAGAUGUGGGCCAGUCUGAACCGGCCAACCUGUCUUUCCAACCGUAUCAGAAGUGCGUCUUGAAGGGCAUGGAACUCAAAAUCAAGAUCAACCACGGCCCCACAUUCACAUGCAACAUCUUGGGCUGUGCUGUGAGCCCAGCUAUCCACUUCUCCUUCACCAGCUACAAUUUUGGGACUUGCUUCAUCUACCAACCAGGGAUGCCCCCAUACAAACAAAUCCUCGUUAUCACCAACAAAGAAGAAACAUCUACAAGCUUAGACUGUUUGUACGCCAACACCCCACACUUUGAGGUAAACUUCAGUGUGGAAGUGAUAAAGCCAGGGAAGUCACUGGAGAUUCCCAUCAUCUUUUACCCUCGGGAAGCCAUCAACUACCGAGAAGUCAUCGCCUUUGAAAUCAAUGGGCUUUCUCAACAGACGGUGGAGGUCAAAGGGAAGGGCACAGAAAUGAAGAUUCUAGUUCUCGACCCAGCCAACAGGAUCGUGAAGCUAGGAGCCGUCCUGCCAGGCCAGGUUGUAAAGAAAACAGUUUCCCUCGUGAACAACAGCCUUGCCCAGAUCAGCUUUAACCAAUCCGUCAUGUUCUCCAUCCCAGAGCUCCAGGAAGCCCAGGUCAUCACCUUGGAGCCCUUCCGCAAUAUCAUCCUGAAGCCUAAAGAAGUCUGUAAACUGGAAGUUACCUUUGCCCCCAAGAAGCGCAUCCCUCCUUUCUCUGAGGAAGUGUUCAUGGAAUGGAUGGGGCUAUUGCGUCCCCUCUUCCUCCUCAGCGGCUGCUGUCAGGCCCUGGAGAUUUCCCUGGACCAGGAGCAUCUUACCUUUGGUCCUGUUGUACAUCAGACACAAGCCACGCGGCGCAUUCUCAUGUUGAAUACAGGCGACGUGGGUGCAAGGUUUAAGUGGGAUUCGAAGAAAAUCAAGCCUCACUUCUCCAUCAGCCCUGAAGAAGGCUACAUCAGCUCAGGCAUGGAGGUUGCUUUAGAAGUAACCUACCACCCCACUGAGAUGGGAAAGGAGAGUUUCUAUAAAGACAUUUUCUGCUUCAUCCAAGGAGGAAACCCUCUGUGCCUCACCCUGUCUGGAGUCUGCGUGGGACCGCCUAUAAUAAAAGAGGUGGUGAAUUUCAACUGCCAAGUGCGCUCCAAGCACACGCAGACCAUCCUGCUGUCAAACCGCACCAACCAGACCUGGAAUCUGCGCCCCAUCUUUGAUGGUGACUACUGGGAGGGGCCUGAGUUCGUCACCCUGGAAGCCCAUCAGCAAAACAAGCCCUAUGAGAUCACCUACAAGCCCCGCACCAUGAACGUGGAGAACCGCAAGCACCAGGGCACUCUCUUUUUCCCCCUCCCGGAUGGGACUGGCUGGCUGUAUGCCUUACACGGGACUGCCGAACUCCCCAAAGCUGUUGCCAAUAUCUACCGGGAGAUUCCGUGUAAGACUCUCCAUGUUGAGCUCCUGCCAAUCAGCAACUGGCUGAACAAGCCCCAGAGAUUCCGGGUCAUCGUGGAAAUGCUGAAACCAGAGAAGACAGACCUAAGUGUCACUCUGAAGGGCCUCGAUUACAUUGAUGUUCUGUCUGGCUCCAAGAAAGACUACAAGCUGAACUUCUUUUCCUACAGGGAAGGACUGUAUACUGCAAAGGUGAUCUUCCGGAACGAGGUGACCAAUGAGUUCUUGUUCUACACUGUGAGUUUCAGGGUCAUCCCUUCUGGCAUUAUAAAAACCAUCCAGAUGACAAUCCCAGUCCGCCAGAGUGUCUCAGCCUCCAUCAAGUUGGAGAACCCCCUGCCCUACUCGGUGACCUUCUCUACAGAGUGCAAGCUGAGUGACAUCAGCCUGCCUUCCCAGUUUGCCGUGCCUGCAAACUCUGACGGAACAUUCUCAUUUGAAUUCCAGCCCUUGAAAGCUGGAGAAAGCAUGGGGAGACUGGCCCUGCACAACAGCGACUUGGGAUACUACCAGUACGAGCUCAUUCUCAAGGCCUUGCCCGCACCUCCUGAGAAACCUGUCCACUUCCAGACUGUUCUUGGCAGCAACCAAAGCAUCUUUGCAAAGUUCAUCAAUUAUACCCGGCAGAAGACAGAGUACUACUGCAGGACGGAUUGUCCUGACUUCCACACAGAAAGAGUCAUUAAUGCGGCCCCCGGGGCCCAGGGUGGCACUGAAGUCAGCGUGGAAGUCUUCUUUGAGCCCAGCCACCUGGGAGAGACCAAAGGCAUCUUGAGCCUGUCGUCAAUGGCAGGUGGUGAAUAUAUCAUCCCGCUCUUCGGACUUGCUCUGCCCCCCAAGCCCCAAGGCCCCUUCCUAAUCAGAGCCGGGUACAACAUCAUCAUCCCCUUCAAGAACGUCUUCUUGCAUGCAGCGAACUUCUCCUUCAUUGUGGAGAACCCAGCCUUCACCAUCCGAGCUGCAGAGGCCGUGAGACCCAAGAAGAUCAACAACAUCACGGUCUUCUUUGAGGGGAACCCGUCGGGCAGUAAAACCCCUAUCACCACCAAGCUGAUUGUCACCUGCCCUCACUGUGAAGGCUCUGAAUCCGGGAUCAAAUGGGUUUAUUACCUGAAGGGAGUCACCCCUUGAGUCACAACUGCACCACGUAUGUGAGCUGUGGCAUCUUAGCAAAGAAUAGAGAAGAGAAGGGGACCUCUCCUAGGACUUUCUUAUGUGUGUUUAUUAAUAGGGGGAAUUAUUUCUAUAUUAUGUUUUACACAUACAGAUGUGAAAUUUAUGUUCCACAUUAAAAUUUAUAGUGACACACAAUCGAUCUGCAUUCAGGCUGAAUGAAUCAGUGACAAUCUCAAUAGUUGUGUUUCCCAUAGAUAAGCACUCUUGAAAUGAUCCCGGCCUGUAAGGAGACACUGGUAUCUCACUCACCUUCACACAGCACUCACAAGUGUCCAGUGCAAGGAACUGCUGACUCUCCUUAAAAUGUCAUCAGCCCCCAGAUAUGACUCCAUGUUGAUGUGAUGUCAUUUCUGCUCUUUCAUAAAAGGCAAAAAAAUAAAAAUAAAACCAUCUUUAGAGUGAUGAACAGGUCACCCUAGGGCAACUCACGAUUACAUCUUGUGU